CUACCCCUGAUCUCCAGCGGUCUUAGUAAGUUACGGACUGCAUGCAAGUGCACAUCGAUCGUAUUGACGGCUGUCUCUCGGCUGAUCCCGACGGUGGUGUCACGGUUCGCCUCGCUAUUUUUUCCCGUCGCCACCGCACUGCGAUCUCGCGCCAGUACCUCUGGACUGUCAUCUUACGCGGCCAUCUAUAGGGACAAAUUUCGGAACUAGUUUCCGAGUUUGCGUACUUACCAACUCACGAAGAUUCGUCGACGACGGAUAAAGAAAAAAAGAACACGCGCCAAGGACGGUGAUAGAAUGGUGUGAUACGCGGAGGAAAUACGAGACUUUGUACGAAGUGCGCGUGUGCGACACGAGUGCCCGCGGUUUCGCUACCUUUUUUGAAUUUUGCGGCUACUAUUUACCUCUUGCCAGCUCGCAUCUUCGUGCUCCUAGAUCGUAUUCGCGCGUCGUAUGAAAGACGAAACAGGACAAUUUAUUAAAGGACAUACCAACAGUACUGAGAGAUAUAUAUAUGUAUCUUAUAUUUAAGCGAAUAAAAGCGGAAAAAAGGCGCGCACGGCAAGGAGGGCGAGACGAGAAAGCGAGAAAAGUGGCCAAGAGGGGAGGACUGUUCGUUUCCAGAGGCGGAGACUUCCUGCCGCGCUUUUUCCUUUCCUCUCUCCUAUUAAUUCCCUCCCGUCCCCGUCGCUUGUGUCGCGAAGAGUACCCUCGCAACGUGCGUAACGCUCGUGCACAACAAAAAUACGCGUAACGAAGUUGCCGCGAUACUUCUUGAAAGCCCGGCCACACGAGCGCGCACGUGUAACUUAUCCAGGGUGCUGCAGCCGGUCGCGGGGUAACGGACGAACUACGCGGGAAUUCUGCACGCGAGAUAUAUACGGGGAUUCUCUUCUCGAUUGCACACGCCGCGCCGAGCCGAGCCGCGCCGCGCCGGCGAAUCUCGCGUGAUUACUAGAUACAGUGUUGCUCGCGUGUGUCGAGAGCCAGUGGACCCUCGCUUGAACACCGUCAAUUUAUCCAAAGCCUUCAUUAUACGGAACAGCCACUGAGAGCCAGCCAGAGGGAGAGAAAGAGAGAAAGAGAAAGAGGGAGGCAGAUGACAGAGAAGUAGAACCAUACGGAUAGCAAUACAAAGGACUCGUAAAACGCAACUUUAUACAAGACAACGAAUAUAAUAAUCGUCAUUAUCCUACGAGACCAUCGGAAUCAGACCUCGACAAGAGAUCGUUACAAUCAUUGAUAAGAAAAUAAAAAUCAGCUAUCUAUAUUAAUAUUAAAAAGUUUCUGCGAACGCCAUGAGUAACAAGAAAGUGAGUAAAUCUACGUCAACCGAAACUAAAAGUGAUCGAUUGUCACCGAAAUGUGGGCGAUGCUACGUUCAUAAAAAGAUCGUUGCGCUCAAGGGACAUAAGAGAUACUGCCAAUUCCAAAACUGCUAUUGUACGGCCUGCUUUUAUUUUCUGCGGCAACAGAGAUUAUCGGCAGACAAGAUAGCUAUGAAAAGAGCGUGUGAUUUGAGUAGGGAGAAAAAGCUACAUCCUGACGAGGUGAUGCCAUUGGACAUAUCGCCAUUACCAGCACCUUUACUUUUUACCAAGUACGCAAAGCUAUGCAGUGCCCAACAGACGGACAAGUGUGACGGAGCAGAAAGCUGUAAAAAUGUAUGCAGUGCCCAACAGCCGGACAAGUGUGACGGAGCAGAAGGGUGUAAAAAUGGUGACCUACGCAGUUUACUACAAUAUACUUGGAAGGAGAUGCAAAAUUCUCACACGGUCUGGUAUAUUCCUACAAAGGUAUGGCAGAUCUUCUCCAUCCUCGUCAAAUAUGUCUACGACUUAAACGCGGGAAUUAAAUAUGCUGACCAUUUGGAAUCUACUAAAAUUGGCAUCUUCCGAGUCAUUCAUGAAGAUCGAAUGCCAAUCGUUGUCAAUCAGAUGACAUGUCAACAGGCGGCAUGCUGGUAUUUCUCGCCACCGACGGUCCUGAGAACAGACGAGGGAAUAAGAUCACCAGAGUAUCCAUUCCACAAUUUACCAUUUUGGCCCUCCACCUCCCUAUCAAUGUUUCCGACAAGUACGUCUUCUUUAUCCGAAAGUUUACUUAAACCCUCUAUUGAACCGUUUCCUGAACGAUCUACUAAACCUUUUACUGAUCCUUCUGUUGAACCUUCUACUGAACUUUCUGCUGAUCCUUCUACCGACUCUUCUACCGAAUCUUCUACAUAUUAUUGAUCGAUCGCUGACAAUCAGUGAAGUAAAUCGACGAAGGAAACAUGUUGAAUCCAAAGAAAAUCACGUCGCCUCCGGAAUGAUAGAACGGCUGUCGGGAGCAUUGGACCUGAACGAUCAUCGCCAACUCGUUUCGGAUAUCGCUUCGCGAGGUGUGUGGUCAACGCUGCUACAUACCCAGUGGACCGAGCAAAUCGCAGUCAGUUGCAAGAGCCGAGGAACUCGGUGGAAAAGUCGCGAGAAAGUCGUCGUGUCGGUUUCGCGAGAUGUUCCGAGAUGUUUUCGGUCCUUUGAUCAAUCGUAAUCGCAGUUUCUCGUGAGGAAACAAAAGCUCCGGCAAAGUUUCCGACGAAACGAUUGCUCUCUACGAGUAAUCUCGCGAUAUUUUACGACGAUAGUUGGACCGUCAAUAGACCAACGUGAUCGGCAAGACCCGCAGAGCUUAAGGGCCUAAGCACACGAAAAAAACUUGAGGCAAUAAGACUUAAUACAUAAGGGAAGUGACCAGUGACAGUCGCAAACGUAAGCAGCCAUUUUGAAACUUGAGCAACGCUAAAAAUUUCGAUUGGCUGAAAUUCCCUUCUUACUGCUUAGGUGAGAAGACUUAAGAAUUUUUCUUUCGCGUGUGUUUGGGUUUUGGACUCGAUCCAUUUCCGGUCACUCGCGUUUCUCUUGGAGACUGGGUUGUAUGUACAUGAUCGUUACGCGCGGAUCUUAGUUUCGGGCGGAGCAAAAUCGACGGAGCCUGAUAUUACGUAUCAGACGAGACAGUUCUCGCGAGGCGAGCUCGAUUAAGUAGGAUCCCGGAGAACGGGAACGUUGCGACAUGCCGCUUCUGUCUCCCCUCGAUCCAGCCUUGUUCGGCGAGUUCCUCCUCGUGCGUCCGCCCAUUUUAAAUUCAGUGCGAUAACGUGAUGGCAAGAUGCAAAAGCAGCGGGCAAGCUCCCGCUGCGUAGAGAGUAAGCGUGACAGGCGUCGAGAAGGAUCACUGAAGAAUUCGAACGACGGUUUUUACUCGCUGGCUCUCCCCAACAACGCGUAUAGGCAAUUUCGCGCGUGGAAAACCGGACACUGGAUGGCAGCGGUGACCGCGCAUGCAAACGAGACGCUGGCCGAAUUAAUCAAUGGACUUUACUGAUUUUGACGCUUUCUGCUUUAUUCAUAUAUAUUGCAUACAUUUUGACUACUGCAAACGCAUUUUUUCCCCCGAUUUCUCGUUAAAUGUUACUGGAAGGUGCGAAACUCGCAUUUACGCACGAUUAAACAUAUAUAUUCGAGUAAGCCAUCCAGAUUUCAUCGAUUAUGUAAUACUUAAAAUCUGUUUGAUAGAUUUAAAAGUUUUUCAUACAAAAUCUGUUUAUCCCUCAAAGGCGCAGUAAAAAUACCUCUUUCCAAGCUAUAUCCACGCAAAUCGUACUUGUCCAAUGUUCAAGAACAGAUACGUAACAUCCCUUUACGUCUAAUGUAAAACAUGUGUCAUUUUCAAGCAGCUAUUAACGUGAGUAAAUCAAUAAUCCUGGUGAUGUGUGAAAAGCAUUAAUCUUGGAAUACCGUGAAUUAAUCCGAUCCGUAUAAUAAAAUUCUUAUCGUGGCGAAUUAUCAGCCGCCAUUCUUUGAAAAUUAAAAUUUUUCGAACGAAGGCGAACGCAUCUGCGCGUAUAAUCGCAAAAUCGGCGGAUGUGUCAGUCGUGCGGUGCGGUGCAAUAAGAUAACCGCUCAAAAACUGGUCGCUCCAGCUCGCGGCAAAUUAAUUUACAAAUAAGAGCACCGAAAAACACUGUCCCUUCGAUGCAGUCUCAUUCUCUUCUGCUUGCUCCUUUUCUCGACGCUUCUCUUCCGUCCCUCCUGCUUCGCGCGAAACACGUUUAUACUUAAUUACUCGUUUCCGUAAAUGAAUUUGCGUUUUAAUAAUGAUUAUAUGCACCGUGCUGCGUCAGAUUUAUCAUCGUCCUCUCGCUUAAUUUGUAACUUGGGAAUUAAUUUGCAUAUUAACUGAGCUUUUAUGGACGAGAUCGCACUUGAAAGUUUUGUUUAAAGCUUCUUUCUAUUCGUACAUAUAGGUGCGUUAUGUCGUUUAGAGGAACUUUCUGUUUCUUGCUUAAUUAGUGUAGUAAGAUUAGAAAUUUAGCUAUAAUUAAUUCAAUAGUAACACAAGCCCACACACAAUACACGAUUAGUUUAUCAUCUCAUUAUAUAUCGAACUAGGUGUUCAUCAGAUAUUCCAACAGGCUUGCAUCUGCUUAAAAAAACACCGUUCUACUUUCGCCUUACGGAUGACUGAAUCGCGAGGAGAAAUUCUCACUAACACCAAAACGACGGCUCCGGACGAUUGACUUUUAAUUAACCAUCGCACGGCAUUACACGAAAUGCACGCACUUCGUGCGAGCCUUGUUACAUGUGAGACGCGCGUCAGAUGUCCGUACGAAGACGACAUACACAGCAACCAAUCGGGUGGCAGUGGUCGAUAUCCUAUAAUUUUCGGCAUCCUGGUGUUUAUUACUGUAACCCGCAAUUUCAGUUCAAGUUGAGCUCGCCACGUACGUCGCUGUACGUAAAAUGCGUAAAUUGCGAUCGCUUUAUCAUCUGAAAGCAUCCGACGGGGAAACGGGGUGAACGGGCAAAUCGAAUUACACGACGUGACCUGUUGCAUUUGAUACAGCAGGAGAGCGUUCUAUUCUUCCGCACAGAGAUUCGCCAGCCUCGAAAGUUAAAUUCGAUCAAACGAUAUUCAUAGCGCUUCCGUGAAACUUAGAAUCACGAAGCGUCAACGUAAUGGUCCCCGUAAACGGCGUGCGUUACACUCACGUCCGUUAGCGUGCAUGUGAAACAUGUGUUCAUGGUGGAUCGCAUGCGUCUGCACGCACACGUAUCACCUUGGCCAGGUAUGUUCGCAUGUUCUGCACAGUAUCGUGCACAACGUUGAAUUAUUUGACCUUCUAGAAAAACGGAAGGACUCGUCUAUAAUUUUCCAAUGGUCUCUGUUGCCAGAGAAACUGACGGAAAUUCGUAUCUCUCACAAGCAAUUACGAUUAGACCGUCGGAUUACCAAUUAAAUUACAGUGAGAUAUCUAUUUUAUUUUGACGAUUUCUCUUUUCGUAAGUAAAGUAUUCGAGGAAUUCAAGAGUGAAAGCGGAACCUUAACUUAGUUCUCACUCGGUAAUUUUAUUAAUUAAAAUUCUAUUUUUAUCUAACGAACUUUCGCCGUGAUGUCACGCACGUCUUGUACUUCGAAUAUUAUAAUGUCCACACGUAUCGCUGAGAUAAUCCCUAAUAUUUGUCGGCCGUUUAAUGCACUUUGCUAAGGUACACCAUUUUAGAGAUUCGACAAUUUCAACACGCGAGCGUGAGAUGUUAUGCUCGUAGCAGAUUCGCUCGACCUUGCGAAUUUUACAUAUUGUCGCCAUACUUUUUUAAGCAAUAACUUUGAAGUGUAAUCGUAAUAUAAUCUAUUUUGUAAGUGUAUUUGUUAGAGGCACACGUCCUUUCACUUUAGAUAGAAACAUUAUUGCGCGUAUGAAUAAAUGCGCAAACGUUCGCGUCUGAGCGAGUGACGGAGUAUCAGAUUAUUGGUGUCAAUAAUGACGAUUAAUUCAGUUUUUAUAACGUACGUGGUAACUAUCUUUCUUUUUAAUCAUAAGUACUUAUUGAGGGACUUAUUCGCGAAUAAUUUUCCGUGAAGGCAGCUCUCUAACAAGAAGUAGUUAUUACUUGCUGUUCUCUUUCCUUUUCCUGAGGGUCGCUCGUUUCAGCUGAAACGAUCGAUGGAGGGAUAGUGUGUUUGAUAUUUGACGUGUAUAUUCUAAUAGGAUACUUUCUAACACAAGGAAGGUCAUAAGUUCUCUCGGUUGUGAGCUCGGUUGUGAAAAAAGAGCUCUCUUGCGAAAUGCGGAGUGCACGUUCUCCAAUCGAGAAGACUCUUCUCAGUGUUAUUUUACACCUUAUAAGAUUUUCUUUUGUUGGAAAAAUCGUAAUAGACACCGUUUUCUAGUAAUCGACUAUGGAUACGUCCCGUUUAACGCUCGUAACGCUCUUGGAAUCAUUUUAUCCUUGUCGUUUGGCAAAAGGAUAAACGAGCGUUAUCGUUAUGAGCGAUAAACGGGACGCACCUUAUGUAUUACAUUGAACUCUUUAUCUAAACAUUUUAUCUAAACUAAAUUAUGUAUGCGUUGUAAGGCAGUUGCAAAGUUAUCCUUGUAUGAAUAUUGUUGCUUGGGCCGUCCAAGAUCUAAUGAGGCGAAUACGCAAUUCUCGAACUACGUAAAAAACUAGAAAAAAACAUACACCGGCACUUAUAUCCCACAUGAAGCGUUGAUCUAUACGCGAAAUCGUUAGAUGAUGAAAUCGAUAGCGAUCGAGGUUUCGUGUCUUUAUUUUUGUGGCUCACGUCGAAGUCGAACGAGUCAGACAUUGCUACGGUAUGAAAAGUAUGAAACUUUGCAGAUCAUUUUUAUUUAACGGAUCGUGACCAGUGUUUGAAUUAAGAAAAGGAACAGGUAUCUGUAAUACUUAAUACGACCUAUUUACCUACAUGUUUCUAUUAAAUUUGGCUAUUAUAAUUAUUUGUCCAACGAUUGGUAGAGAAAGAUGUUGAAAACAAGUGCAAUAAUCAAGACGACCGUAGGAUGAGAAAGGACGAUGAUUAUAAUAUUACGAAAAUGUAAGGGUAGCUUUGCAUGGAGGAAAAUAAGGAAGCGAAAUAUGGAGCGUACGCGUAUUAUUGUCUAUUAAGUGUUACGUUAUAUAAAUAAAACAGUAACGCUAUAUAUAAUCACA